AUGUAUUUCUCUAUUAAUCUGGUUAUCCUUGCCUGUGGUUUUCUUGGUUCAUUUGUCUUUGCCGCCAACAGUGUAGAUGUCUGCUCUUCUUGCACUUACAAGUCCGUUACAUCUGCUCUCGAUUCUCUUCCAGCUGAUAGUACUGUAUGGACCAUUAGUAUCGCUCCCGGUACUUAUACUGAGCAGGUAAAGAUCAGCCGAUCGAAUGUCAUCUUGAAGCCAUCUGCGUCUGGUAAAGUCCAGAUUCAAUACAAUGGUAUGAGAGACACCCAAACAUCUACCGGUACCAAUGAACAGUCAGCCACUAUCUCUGUUUAUGGCAGCAAUGUCAAAAUCUAUGACAUGAUUAUUGCCAACAUAUAUCCUCAAACUACGAACAUUGCCAACCUUGCCCUCAACCUUCAAGCUACUCAAGCCUCUUUUUACAAUGUCAAGUUUUAUGGAUUCCAGGAUACUGUCCUAAUCGCAACAGGUGCCACCAGUUACUUUAAGAGCUGCUAUAUCGAGGGCUCGGUUGAUUAUAUUUGGGGCUAUGGAGUUGCCUAUUUUGAAGCCACUACUCUUGGUACAAACAAACGCGGUGGAUACAUUACUGCUCACAAGAGAAAAGAUGCAACCUCAGUUGGUGGUUUUUACUUCAAUGGUUGUACUGUUAUCCCCACUAUACCUUCUGGUCCGCUUACUUCUACUGCUGAUCCUUCUCAGUCGUUCACUUCAGCUUCUCAGUUCCCUAACUCUUGUUAUCUUGGUCGUCCAUGGAAUCAAUAUGCUCGUGUUGUCUACAUGAACUCUGAGCUUUAUAGUCAUAUUAAUUCUGGUGGGUGGGCUAAAUGGAGUACUUCAUCUCCCAAUACAGACGGUGUCUUGUUUGGAGAAUAUAACAACAGUGGUCCUGGAAAAUGGAAUGCCACUACACGCGUUUCAUUUGCUACCCUUUUAACUGAAACCGAAGCCAGCUCUUACAGUCUCGGAAGCAUCUUUGGUUCCAUUAACUGGAUUGACACUAUUGCUUAA